AUCUUCCUUAAUUAGAGAUUAAGAAUGAAAAGAUUUCGCUGGAUAAACUUAAUGUAUCAAUAUAUAUACAAAAAUAACUUAAAAGUACAUAAUAUCUCAUUAUCAGGUGAUGCUGGUAUAUUAUUAUUAGGCCUUAGGCUUAAAAUUUAAAUACGCUGAUACAGUGAUAGAACAGGCAACUAACAAUAACAACUGGGGAAGUCCGAGAGUUCAGACUUCAGUAUAAACUCACACUCUCAUUGUCACAAUGAUGUCUGACGAUCCAGGAACGGUUAUUGGAGCGAACGUAAGGAAUCUCAUAAUGACUAACGAUGGUCUUCUAGGUGGAAUGGCACUGAAGUGGGACCCCAAAAACUUAGAAAUAUGUACCCGCUCAGUUGAGAAAACCCUGGAGCCUCUUGUCAUCCAGGUUACAACCUUAGUCAAUACUAAAGGACCAUCCAAAAAGAAAAAGGGUCGUUCGAAACGAGCUCAUGUCUUGGUGGCUGCUGUUGAGAAAGCCACAGAAAAUUUCAUUCAGCAAGGUCAGGAUAUUGCGAGUGAAAAUCCUGACAUACAACAUGAAAUGUUAUCUGCUGUUGAAGAAGUCCAAAAAACAG